AUCUCUGAAAAUGUAGUGUUGGCUUGUUCACUAUGAAUGAGCCAUGUGUGAGUGUGUGUAUGUGUGUAUGAUUAUCAGUGAUGUCGCACAAAACAAAUUAGUAUUUUAAUUUAUUCUAGGAUUUUUAAUUAUUGCAUACCAGCGUAUAAGCGCAAGGUCGGGCUGGGGUAAAGUGUGAUGUUUUCAAAUAUAAAUCGAAAAUCCCAGUAAGUAGUUCAGGCAACGCGUGGUAUUGAAAAUGUUUUCCAUAGAAGAUAAUAUUAUUAAAACUGAAGACAUCGUGUUCGACGCCAAAUCCCUGGGGGGCGUGGGGAAGGUUUUCUUCAACUGCAUGAAGAAGAACGGGAGUAAAAUUGCACAGACAGACGCUGCCACAGAUCAAUCCGACAGCUUCGAAUCUCUACUGCAACGCAGCGUCAGAACCGCCAUCGCUCUCAAGAAAAGAGGCAUCGGAAAGGGCGACAUCAUCACAGGUUGUUCGAACAACCACUUGGAAGCGUCUGUGCCCAUCAUCGCUUCCAUCUUUAUAGGCGCCAUACCAUGUUCCUUAGAUCCCAGCCUCUCGUUCUUCGAAAAGAGCGAGCUGUUGCACCAGGUGAAGCCUAAAAUAGUGUUCACCGUAGAAGAAUCCUUGGGAGAGAUUAAGGCGGCUCUAAAAAAUGCUGAGCUUGACUCCGAGGUGGUUGUCUUUGGACAAACUACUACUUACACAGAGUUUCAAGAGUUCAUCCAACCUCAGCAGGGCGAGGAAGACUUCCAACCUGUCGUCGUAGAUGAUCCCAAAGACACAGUCGUCAUUAUAUUCAGCAGUGGCACUUCUGGGUUCCCAAAGGGCAUAUGUUUGAAUCACUACUACUUCUAUUUUGUUUCCCCUUUGGUGCCCAGGGCUAAAAAUUGGGAUUUGGACGAGGAAAGGAUGAAAUUCGAACUUUCAAAGAGGGAGGGUAGCAGCUUCCUCAACUACGGGUCUCUGUAUUGGUCUUCAGGAAUCAUGGGGUUAUUUCUAUCAGCUGUAACGGGACUGCGCAGAUUGCUGUGCAAUAAUUUCGACGCCAAGGAGUUUUGGUACUUAAUAGGAAAAUACCAGGUCAUCGGGGUCUUCUUGACGCCAUUUCAAGUAACAGAACUGGUGAAAUGUGGAAAACCAAAUGACGCAGAUACCAGUUGGCUCCUUAGACUCUCCACCGGAGGAGCAGCUCUGUCAAGAAAGUAUAUAUUCGCCCUUCAGGAGUUGCUGCCCGAUACGGAUAUCAUCCCAACAUAUGCUCAAACAGAGGUUGGAAUGCUCACCGCUUUUCAGAUCCACAACAAAGCACACAGGGAGUAUUACAAGAAGAAUCCCGACACAGUGGGACUACCUGUCAGAGGAGUUUGGUAUAAGGUGGUUGACCCGGAAACUGAAACAGUCCUAGGCCCCAACGAACCCGGCGAACUGCGAGUGAAAAGUAAGACCGUAAUGAACGGUUACUACAAUAGAGACUUCUCCAACCGCUACGACAAAGACGGCUGGUUCCGUACCGGCGACAUAGUGAAGUACGACGAGAACGGUUACUUCUACGUGGUGGAUCGCCUCAAGGAGAUGUUGAAGUACAGGGGAUGGCACAUACCACCGGCCAUUCUGGAGCUGGAACUUUCCCACCAUCCCGCUGUCAAACGGGUCGUGGUGAUAGGAAAGCCUCACGAGGAAGACGGGGACCAUCCCAUGGCGGUGAUCGUUCUGGAGGAGGACGCCAAGGACGUCACAGCUAAGGACAUCGAGAGGUACGUGGAGGAGAGGGUGGACGAGAAGCAGAGGCUCAGGGGAGGGGUGAAGUUCGUCACCAGCAUACCCAUGACACCCUCGGGGAAGAUAAAAAGGAGAAAAUUGAGGAGAAUGGUGCUGGACGGGAGGAUCUAGUAGGAUUUUCCAGAAAAAAUACUCAGUCGGAGAAAGUACACUCGUUUGUUUAUGAAUUGUAAAUAUUGGGAAGUGUAAAUAAAAUAGGUAUAAUUUGGUCA